GAGCCACCUUUAAGAAUUAUAAGAUCAAAGAUGACACUUGACAGAAAAAGAAUAUUCUGUUUAGGUUAUAGGUUAUAUUGGGUACAGUUUUUCUAUAAUUUAUUAAUUAUAAUAUAUACAUAAAUAUCAAAUAAAUAUUAAUGUAAUGCUUAAACGUCUAAGUUCUAAUUAAUGUAAAGCAAUUUAAUUUUUAAUAAAACCUACAAGAAUAUUUGUAAUGGCCAAUUCCAUAUUAUCGAAAAUAAAUCCAAUAUGGAAACUAGCGCCAUCGACAUUGAUUCCGCUCCGCACGACUACCAGCAAACAUUUUAACCCAAAAUACAAGAAACAUCGUAAAAUGAAGUAUAUGAGACUAGACCUGCCAGAUAUGAAUGAGGAUGACAGCAAAAUAAGUCCAGAAAAACAGAGGCAAAAAAUGAAGGAACGAGGUGUGAUGCCCCCGCGACCGUGGAUGGAACGUCCAUUUUAUAUAUCUGCAACAGGUGGAGUCUUUGAAGGAUACGUUCCACCGGAAGGAGAUGGCAAAGCUUCAAUUGUGUCAACCACUCGAGCCAAACAAACCGUAGAAUUACUGGAGAAAAAAUCAAAGUCCAUGAUGGCAAUUCGUAAGAUUAAAUCUUUUGAUGAGGACUAUGACACCAAAGAAUUUGUUCAGGAAGCUCAACGCAUCUAUAUUAAUGCUCACGAGAGUUUAGCUAACAAUGAUAAAUAUGCCUUAAGGAAAUAUGUCACUGAAAAGGCUUAUCCGGAGUUUAGGCAUAAUAGUCAUUUAAAGACAAUCAGAUGGAAGUUCUUGGACUCCUUGGAGCCACCGCGUGUAGUGCAUGCGAGAUGCACUGAUAUUAUUAGCAAAGACAAUAUCUUUGCUCAGGUGACAGUACGCUUCCAUACUCGUCAACAACUUGCCGUGUACGACAGAUUCGGUCGCUUGAUCCACGGCAGUGAGAUCAUCGCUAAGGAUGUUUUAGAGUACAUAGUCUUCGAGAAACAUCUAUCUAAUUUAUAUGGUGUUUGGCGUAUUCACGACAAGAUAAUACCGGACUGGGCCCCUCCUAAAGACCCCUCAAAGCUGACCAAGGUCCGCCCUCCUCCGGAGCCAGUCGUAGUACAAGUAGAAGAGGAGGCGGUACAACCAGCAAUAGCGGAUAAAUGAUUUGUAUAUGAAUAAAUAGUAUAGUGAUGUUA